AUGUCCGUCAAUGAUCGUCGCGCCAGCUAUAUGAGCGCUCCGCGACCCCGCGUCGUCUCCAAUCGCGUCGAUGCCGAUAGGCCCAGCCGCGGCGCUGCAUCGCCGCAACAGCCAGACAACAUGGAUUCUUUGCGCACGAGCACGUCAAGUCAGAAGCAGAGAUUACCCCGAGAGCAGAAAAAUGUGACGGAAAAACGUACGGAGCGAACUGUGAUCACAACAAGGGAAAAGGCAGUGCAGAGGAACCCUAUCAAGGAGUCCUCCAGCGCUUCUAAUCGCGGUGAAGGGGACAAGUCGAAGACCAAAAAGACGAGGACGACCGAUGGAAUGAGUCCGGUUGGACAUAGGAGGGAAGCGGAUGCGCCUACAGCACCAUGGGAUCCCCAUGCCUCCCUAAUUCCUCAUUCAACUGCUCCGCUUUCCUCUCGCAUAUCUAUACCUCCGCUGGCAUCGACUGCACCGCAGUCGCUCUCGCCCCGACCAUUUCGAGAGCUUUCGCCCGAUGGCCAGGAAGCCGCGAUUCUGGAAGACCUGUUGUUCGUGUUCAUGGGCUUCGAAGGCCAGUACAUCCACUACCACAGUACAUAUGAUCCCUCCGUGGAAAAAGACCGCCUGACCGGUCCGGUUUUCCAAUUGGCGGCAGGCUUAGACCCGACUUUGCGCGAUCUCACCCAGUCUAUGCUAAAGAUGGCAACGCACUACAGCGCCAUGGAGGCAUUUGUAGAAGUUCAGAGUCGUGCUGAAUUCGGCGCUGUUUGUCAUGCACUCUGCGCGUCUAUUCGCAAAAUCCUCAAGGACUACUUGAUCCUUAUCGCCCAGCUGGAAGCCCAGCUACUGAACAAUCCGUCAUUCACCUUGCAUCAACUUCACCUCCAUACGAUGCCAACCAGCCAAUGUUUUACUCAGCUGUAUUCAAUAGGCCAAGAGCUACUACGACGCAACGGGCUUCUGGAUUCAGAAGAGCUUGACGAGACAAUUGACGACUUUGACGACGUUGAUAACAUUCUCGAGCAACUAAAGGAAGGAGGUGAUCUUGUACCAGGUUCCAGCAGGAAGGUCUGCAAAGGAGGGAAUGUCCUGAGACUCUUGACGGAGCGCCUUGCGACCUUUUCGGGCGACCCGACCACCAAGACCCUCAUCCAAACCUUGCUUCGUGAUGCCAGUCGUCCAUACAUGAACAUGUUGAAUGAGUGGCUACACCAUGGUGGUAUCAGAGACCCCCACGCAGAGUUCCUUGUCAAAGAGCAGAAAUGGAUCAAACGGGAAAAGCUCGAGGAAGACUACACGGAUGAAUACUGGGAGAAGCGCUACACGAUCCGCGAUGACGAGGUUCCCCCACAGCUCGAGGGUGUCAAAGACAGAGUCCUUCUUGCUGGUAAAUACCUGAACGUCGUGCGAGAAUGUGGUGGCGUCGAUGUCAGCAAAGCUGUGAAAGAUGUGCCCAAAACGCUAGAUGAUCCGCGUUUCCUGGAAAACGUCAAUGCUGCGUAUACCUACGCCAACGCCUCUCUCUUGAAUCUACUUCUCACGAAAAACUCCCUCACGACCCGAUUCCGCUCCCUCAAGCACUACUUCUUCCUCGAUCGAUCCGACUUCUUCUCCUACUUCCUUGAACUUGGUGCAUCCGAGCUACGCAAGAAUGUGCACGUUGUCAACGAAGGCAAGCUUCAGUCGCUGUUGGAUCUUGUACUUCGCCAACCGGGCAGUAUUGCCGCACAGGAUCCGUUCAAAGAGGACGUUAAGGUUCGAAUGAACAAAGUUGGCCUCACAAAGUGGCUGAUGCAGGUGGUCAGUGUCUCUGGCAUUGAUCAAGACCACCCGGAAGCCGCGUUUGAAAAACAGCAGGCACCUUCUUCUCAGAAUACCGACGAUGAUAACAGCAUUACUGGGUUCAGCGGUCUGGAGCUGGAUUAUUCAGUUCCAUUCCCCCUUUCUCUUGUCAUUAGUCGCAAGACCGUACUGCGAUACCAAUUGAUCUUCCGCCAUCUGUUAUCCUUGCGACACGUGGAAACCUUGCUGGUCACAUCCUGGGCCGAUCAGAACAAGGUGGCCAGCUGGCGACAUAAGCCUUCUGACCGGAGGCUUGAGUUGUGGAAGCGUCGCGCAUGGAACUUGCGUGCCAAGAUGCUUAUAUUUGUUCAACAUCUGCUGUAUUUCUGUACUGCGGAGGUUAUCGAGCCUAACUGGGUGGCAUUGAUGGACCGCGUUAAUGGCGCUGACGCCAAUGGAUCUGAGGUGACUGUCAACGGGUCUAAACAAGUCAACCGGACAGUUGAUGAGCUGAUGCAAGAUCACGUCGAUUUCUUGGAUACUUGUCUCAAGGAAUGCAUGCUAACCCAGGCCAAGUUGUUGAAGAUCCAUUCCAAGCUCAUGACCUGUUGUACCAUGUUUGGGCAAUGGACCGCUUCCUCGCUUUCUCGGGCUUUGAGUUCGGCAGACCCCGAUCUGGCCGGAGACAAAGCUGGGGGUCCCGAUGCCCGACCCUAUGAUCCAUCCCGCAUUGUGAAGCUUGAGGAGACUCUCAAGCGCUAUGAGGAUCAUUUCAACCGCCAUCUUCGGAUCCUCAUGGACAGCCUCAACUACUUUGCCGCGACCGAGAGUGUGGUAUUGCUGAAGCUGGCACACUCACUCAGCUCCAUCAGCAAAGAAGACUGAAGGGUGACAAUGAUCAUUGUCUCGACUGUCUCAGGUAUCUCAGACAUCUCAGGCAUCCCAUGGGGCCUGAUCCACUUCUUACGAGGGACCAAACCAGUUUGGCACGCCCGAGUGCUCUUUCCGAUGGAGAUACUCAUCACCCAUGGGGACGGCCCUAUAUUGAAAUAGAAGCAGCCCUCACACGCUUCCCCUCGGCGACACCCGAAACCCAAAUGCAUGCAGCAACUUCAGGGUCUCGUCACAUCACACAAGCAUCACACCAUCGGGCCUAAAUCUUGUUCUGGUGGGGCCAACGGUGGAUCUCGGAAAGGCCGAGGCGAUAAGAUAGAGAGACAGCUUCAACUUGAACCGGUAGAAUGCUGGUCACGAAAUGAUUUGUAUGAAGUGUAGAUAGUAUGUUAUUCAUGGAAACCCGCAAUGAGU